GUCCCAUGUGGUCUCUAUUUACAUUUCAACCAUGACUGGACAAGAACCGUCGAGUAAAUACACAACUGGGAUCCUUUGUCAGGGAACAGAGAAUGGCAUGAAAUGGAGACUAUGCUGUACCUAGAUGGUAAUCCAGGGAAAAGAAGGCAUGUCAAAUCCAUGCUACGAAUUUACCCAGAAUGCCUGGAAAAAGGAACUCUGUGUCAAUUGCCAACGCCCAAAGGGAGAACACUCUAUUGUUGAAGAUACACAACCAAAAAGUUCCCCUGUGCCAGCCAAACGGAGCUCCCUUCUCAUGAAAACAUCCUUCAAUGCUACAUUGGAGAAUGUUCUAGAUGGUUCGUCAAAGUUACGACGGGACAGUUCCGCGGAUGAUUGGCCAAUCAGUGAUUCCGAAUGGUGUGUCAUUGACGAUCAGAAACCAGAACCGCGGCACAAAUCUUUAGAUCGGGAUGUGGAUAAUGUGUCACUCAAAAAGUCAAAUGUGAAAUCGGAUCUUAAACAGGAAGUGACAUCAACAGAUGAAAAAAUGGUGCUGAGCAAAUCUAAAGUGUCUUUUGUGCAGGAUGGACCGAUUGUGAUAGGGGACGAUGGUGGAUGGGACAACUUGACCUCUGACCCUGAGGAUGCCCUUGAUGAUUCUGAUUCGAAUGAGGAUAUUUCCUUUACGGAGGAAGAAAAAGAGUUCCUACUUCUGGCUUUAGAGAACACUUUGUGGAACGGUGAUAAUCGUAACCUUCUCAAUAAGACGGUGGAUAGUGUGAGACUAAACUCCAGUAAAGAGUUCGAGGAUGUUCAGACGCUAUGGAAGGCGGACAGAUUCGCCACUCUCAGAGACUGUGAUAAGCUCAUCCCAAGACGGUACGGUACAUUUCCACUGAGGAACAAAUCUAACAAGAAAAAGUUAGAAAACAUGUUUGAGGAGAAAUCAAAACAUUUAUCAAAUAUUCAGCUUCAGAGAAUAUCAGAAAAUGAUGGUGAAGUGGGGGGUAACAAAUCUACAAGUGAUUCAAACUUAUCGAAAGUCAAACCAGAACUGCCUAAGAAAAGUAAACGUGUUCCUGAUUCUGAGUCUAUACAGGAUCAAAGAGUGUGUGAGGGAGAGGAAGAAGUGAAAGAAGAGUCAAAGGAGGAGGAUGAGGUGUUUGAAGGAGAGGAUUUAUUUGAAUCCUUCAAUCCUGACAUUGACUUAGAAUCGUCGACAGCUGGUAUGGCGUUGGUGGACCUUCUCAAUAAUGUGUUAGCGAAGUACAGUGAUAGUGAGUCCUUCAAAGGGAUCGAAGGUCACGAACUCCUACCAGAGGUAACUAAAGAAGAACUACAACAAGUCGUGGAAAUGGGAGAGGAGGGGCCAGAAAAACUGGAGUCGAAAUUCCCUAAAGGUAGCAUCAAGUCAAAAGAGUUUGAGGCAAAACUGGCUUCCCUGGCUGCUACCUUGGACCUCUCCAAAAAGAAAAGUAAAAAACCUGCCCCGCGCCCACCGUCGGGGCCUCCACCAGAACCAAUAGUAGCAAAAAGCACCCCCAAUCUGUCAGAGCCUAACUUUAAAAUGGUUCCAGUUGGGAAGCCAAUAUUUGACCAGGGACAAAGUGAGAAACCUCUCUCCCCAAAGCGGGCGUCAGACUUUCAGACCGAAAUCGUGGACACAACUAAAUCAAAGACAGAACGCUCCGGCAAAAAAGGCAUCACAUCGUUUUUCAGAAACAUAUUACGACGAGGGCGGGAUUCCAUAGACAGCUCUUCAGAGCAGGAAUCCACAGUAGAUAAUACAAAGUCACAGAGUUCAGUCACAAAUUCCAAUGGAAGUUCUACAGAAAGUCUGGGGAGUAAAACAGAAGGGCCUCCAUCACCCUCGGCAACAGAGAGUGUAGGAUCCUCCCCGGUAAUGAAAAUGAAAGUUUUGCCUACUGUUGCCAAGCCAACAAGAACCAGUCUGAUAAUGUCUACAUCUGACAGUGGACAAAAAGGCAAACAAUCCCCAGAAAUGCCAAGGGCUUCCAAAGGAUCCCCAAAGGUUUCCAAAAAGGACCUGUCAAAGUCCCUGGAGAAAGUCAAAGAGGAAGAAUCUAAGAAAAAAACAGUGGAAAGGAAAGGUUCUGAUAAGGGGACAGAAAAGAAGGAAAAAGUGUUGGAAAAAAAGGAUUCUGAAACAGGAAUAGAUAGAAAAGGAUCAGACAAGGGAGGUAAUUUAAAGGGCUCAGAGAAAGAUGUAGAUAGAAAAGGAUCGGACAAGGGAGGUAAUUCAAAGGGCUCAGAUAAAGGUGUCGAUAGAAAAGGAUCAGACAAGGGAGGUAAUUCAAAGGGCCCGGAGAAAGGUGUAGAGAGAAAAGGAUCAGAUAAAGAAACUCCAAGUUUACCUACCAAGCCACCACCUUUAACUACAAGACCUAAGCCAAUCAACUUGCCCGCUAAGCCUCCGUCUGUGGUGCCACAGCCUCAAGGUCAAUCUAAGGCACCUGCCUCUCCUCAGCCUGUCGUGACGACACAAACUAAACAACAGAUGACUUCUUCAACAGAGAGUCACGAAUCUAUUAAAGAAAGGUCUGCUAGCAUAAGUAGUCAUGAAGGGCCAGACGAAAGGGUUUCAGAAAGUCCUCACAGUGACAGAAAACCUACCAAUGUUCGGCGGCGUGCGAAAAGUCCGAAAAGGUCUGCGGCACCAAUACGACCUCAGGCACCCGCUAAAGCGCCAGAAAAUCGGAACUCUCUUUUCACAAAGGAAUUAGAAAUGAAGAUAUGUCGCGGUCUUGGAGAUCAAACCAAGCCUCCAGUGGAGGCUAGGCCCAGACCUCGUAUUGAUACCAGCAUGUCUGCUUCUCAACCUUCAGUGUCCCCAACAUCACCGGAGGUGUCGACUAUUCCAGCAGCAAUGUCUGCCAGUGUUACAGAGAUUCGGAGCAGUGAUAAUCAACCUGUAAGUCCGUCACAGGAUAUACCCACGGCGGAGAAAAUCGAACUUCCCCGUGCUCAAAGCAGAAAAAGUUUUCUUGGUAAAUUGGGUAACAGGAAGUCCAGAGCGCCACCCAGACCACCUUCUAUAGUAAAACGAGCGAAAUCAAUUACAGAAAAUUCUCUUACAGCUGAUGGCCCAACGAAAAAACUUGAAGCCUGCGACAUAUCUGGUCCAGUGCUUAUUUCUGACAUGACAUCCAGUCAAGUGGUCAGUCGGUCAAGGCGGAAUACCAUCACCAUUGGAGACGACUGCAGCUUUGUGUCAGGAGGAUCAACAUCUUCAGGUUCAACCAAUGAUAAAUAUGACGAAUGGCCUCAGUUCUCUCCCCUUGGAUCCAUGGACAAUCUGUACGAGCCAAUUGUGCCAAAAGAACCGCCUCCUCCCCCACCGGACGGGAAUGUGUAUGACCCAAUUUCGGCCAAGGCCAGCCAACCACCUCUCAGCUUUGUAAGCAGCUGUCAAUUACCCACUGAAGGCUAUCUGGAGCCAGUGAGAUCAUCCGAUCUACAAAGGGACGCAACUCUACAACAUUCAAGGGACACAACUCUGGAUUAUCCAGAUAAUGCAGAUAUAAGUGAAGAGAGACGAAUACUUCUAGCUUCACAACCAAUUUAUGAGGAGAUCAAUGGUUACACUAAAGAUAUUCCAUUAAAGGAAGCAAAUGUGAUGAAUUCAAAGGACAAGCUAACAGUGAAAACAUCCUCAUCCUUCAACGAAAAAGACAUUCAACCAUCAACUGUUUCCCCAUCACCUUCCAACAAUGCAUUUUCAUCAGAAUCAGAAUCAUCAUCUGCAUGUAGUACGUUAAACAGACCAAAACCAAUUCCAAGGAAGCGGCCUGGUAGAAAGACAGAGAGUACUGGUUCAGAGCAGCCUUAUAUUGCUAUGAACCGGCCUAGCAUCGCUGUGGCCUUGAACGAGGCCGAGGUUCGUGACAUGCUGAACCAACUGACAUCACAAAUCUCACAGACUUUACGUGAAAUUUAUACGCAAUAUGAACGAGUGUUCACCAAAGAGACUGUUAAUCUCAAUAUCACUGGAGCGGGACCAAUUAAGUGGGUGGAUUUUGAUAUAUAUGGCAAACCUAUCCAUACGUCGGAGAGGUGUGUGGUUUACAACGCAAAACUGAAGUCAACGUCCACAACCUGCCAGUUGAUGCUUCUCCACACCAAGCCUGACUUGACAAACGUGCAGCAUUCCAGUCUGCUUAAACCAACGGUCAUCUUCAGUGACAAUAUCCCAUUCUCAUAUCUCACGGAAGACUUCAUCAAAACCAGCCAGCUUCUACAGAACCUUCAAAACCCUGUCAACCAAUCAAAUCUUGCCAAGUGUUUUGUAGCCAUUGGUCUGUUUGAUGUUAAUGGAGAUCUUAAUCACAAGCUUGCGAUUUUAAAAGAUCGCUUCAGUGCUGAUCCGGGAAACUGUUCGGCGGAGCUAGAGACUCUGUUGUUUUACAUGCUACAACUGCUUAGUGCUAUAUCUCACUGUCUCGACCAGGGCUUCACGCUGGGGGAGGCAAACUUUCGGGAUGUGUUCAUUGUAAGUAACACAAACCAUUGCCAUGGUGAUAUAAUUGCUUUUCUUCCUCAUCAACGGCUUCACGACUCCUCUAACGUGGACUCUGUCUGUGAACUUCUCGAGCGCUAUUUUACUGAUACCCUUGUAAACGUUAGUGAUGAAGAUUACGAAAAGCACUUCUCUUGUAUUGCUACUAUUGAACGCAUGCUGCAGACGCGACGUCUGGACUCAUUAGCACUUGUGAGAAGCUACGUCGAAUAUUUACUUUGGGGCCCAAAGGGAGAUAAGUGGCAGAGUGGUGCUGACCGUUUAAGUAAUCUCGAACCCCAACUUUCCAUGUGGCUGGAGAGAGAAAGAGCAACGCUUAUUCACAAAUUUGCAAGCAUUCCUAUAGGCUCAGUGCGAGAGUGUUCGGUAUUGGAUUUUUAUCAUAUGAAGUUUCUGCUCAAGUCGAGUGCUGUGGGCAUGUCAGAAUGCAUGCGACAUCAUGUUUCAUACUCUUGACUUGCAUUGUCACUAUGACCCACUAUGAUCCUGACAACUGUCAGAAUGUAAAUGAUGUCCUGUUAUGCUUGACCACAUUCUUGUUUCUGUAUAUCCACUACUGUCUAACAGUAUAUACAUAUUAGCCUGUUUUGAGGGGACAUUUUUUGUUUUAGGGAGUCUAGUUUUUAUUGUAUAUGUAUCAGGCGUAGUAUGGCUACCCAAGUGUGAUUUAGAAUGUGUUCUUAAAACCUGAUUAAUAUAUAUACAUAUGUAUCCUGGUGACUUGUCGAGUGUUUAAAAAUAUGUUACAAUUUAUAACUUAAUAUUUGAAAUCUCAAGUGACUUAAUUUUGAUGUGGUGUUCAGUGAACUUUGCCAAUGUUGGUUGUGUGCAUAGAAUUUUUGUUUGAACCUUGUAUUAGUUGUUCAGGAAAUAGUAAGAAUUUUGGAUGGAUGUAAAAAAUUCUUCAGAGUAACAGUAGAGCAUUGAUUACUAAGACAUGAGAGAGUUACCUCCCUUGUAUGAAAAUGAAUUUUGCUGUUCAACUUCCAUAUAAGAGAUUUUCUUUUACUUGUGUUCUUAAUUGAAAUCCAUAAGAAGGUUGUUUUUUAAUUUAAUAUUUUCCUUUUUUUAUUAAUCUGAAAUGUUAUUUAAGGCAUAUAUUUUAUCCGGAUGUGUAACGAUUUUUCACACACACAUAUAUAUAUAUAUAUAUAUAUCAUGGACCAAACAUCAAGUUAUUUUAACUCGACGUAAGCUGAAAAUACUAUUUCAGUGACCUUAACUUUAUUCUAACUGCAAGAAGGAUGUUCAGCCCAUCAAUCAAUCAAUCAAUCAGCUCCCUAUUUUAGAGACAGUUCUUAAUUCCUGACUUAAAUGUUUCAUAUAUACUACAACUUGUUUUUUUUAGCUUUAAAAUCUUUUAAGUUAAAUAUGGGUUUUUUUUCUGUGUAUAAUGUACAUGUAAUAAACAUGGCUACAAGACACUAUUUUUUGUGUCAAUAAUCUUUGCAAAUUUUAAUGUGAAUUAGUAUUUUGAUAGUUGAGUGGUUGGAAGAGUUAUUUCCAGUUUGUGCAUGACUUACAUCGACAGACUUACUUAUCAUGCCUCCAUCGUGAUCUGGAGAUUUCCAGAUGUAGCGAAACUUUCAAACUUAAAUCUAAACAAAAAUCAUAAUACAUUGUACUGUACAAUAAGACUUUUGAGAGUUGUAAAUUUUGUGGUUUUCUUAAAAACUACCAUUUGGAAGAUAAUUUGUUUCCAAGAUUGUUAGCAUCCAAAAUUCUUAACAUUUAAUGGGCAUGUGAUUUCAUUAAGAGUAAACUCAAAAUCAGUGAAAAUAAAACUAUCACUAAAAUUACUAAUUAUAAAGUAAUAAGGACACAAAAAUAUACCAGCAGUGAGUACAAUCAUUUUCUGUUUCAAUAGUCUGCUUCAAAGUUCCGCGUCUCUCCCGCCUGUAGUAAGAUGCAUAUAGUCGAUACAGCUUUAGUGCUAUUAUGUUAUUAUGUUAAUUUGUGCAAAGUGAGAUGGUUCCAAUAUUUUUCAAGAUAUAUGUGUAUAAUAAUGAAAAGUCAGCGGUAUGAAAAACUGAAGUAAUUUUAGUGAAUUUUAAGAAUUGACAACAAGAUAUUGCUAACACAUAUAUAUUUGAGGUAUGUUUAUUUUCACAAUGUUCAAAAACAAAUUACUUAACUCACAUGAUCUAAAGUGAAAAGUAUGAAAUCUGCAAUAUGGUCCAUCUGACUUAAAUCGUAAAAAUAAGUUACCAAAAAAAAUAAUCAUUGCAAAAAUCGAUACUGUAAAAAUGAAUAUAUUUACAGUAUCAUACUGUUCAGAAAUCAGAUCACUCUGAAAAAAAAAAUGUCUGUACUAUUUUGAUAUGAGUCAGAUUUUAAGGAAAGUUCAUAGAUUAAGAUUGUUCUUUAAAUUAAAAUAUGCAUUCCUAUGGACGAAUUUAUGUUCAUGAAUCUCCUAAGUUAAGAAAUGUUUAUUGAAACCAAGGGUAGAUUAUCUCCCCUUAGUUUGAAUUAUUUGUAAUUUUGAUAUCGAAGAGACCGGGCCUGUCUUCAUUUCUGAAUGUAGCUGUUUUGGAAUUAUAUGUUAGUAAUUCAUUGACACAUACAUGAACACAUAUGUAUAUUUUAUUUCUGACAUUUGAGAAAUCCUGGGGCCAAAAUCAUUAUAAUAGCAUUCUCUGGGUUUUUAUUUCCAAGCUAAUGAAUACAAAGAGCUUGUAGGUUUGACCUAUUUACUGUACCUUUUUACUUUUUUCAUCCAUUUUGAAAUAGUAAGCUAAAAUUUAUUCACAAAUAAGCCUUCCCAAAUUUUGAUACCGUACUUCACUUUAUACUAGAAGCUUAUUUGAAGAUAGAUAUGUAUUAAACUUUUACACUAUGGGAAAGGGGCUAAUUUGAGGAUAAAUACUGUACUAAACUUUUACACUAGGAGGGGGCUUACUUGAGGAUAAAUGCAGAAAACUUUUACACUAUGGGGAAGGGGCUUAUUUGAGGAUAGAUAUGGAAAAAAAUUACACCAAGGGAGGGGGCUAACUUGAUAAUUACAGUACUUGUGUCACAUAGAAAUUUAUCUGUUGUUUUAUCAUCGAAUGCAAGAAUUCUUUUUUAUAUAUCAUUUGUUUUAUUUGAUAUUUAAAGUUUUGUCUUUUUUGACUAUUAUACGUGUACAAUGAUUAUAUAAAUGUACCUUUUACAUUAGAAAUCUAUGAUUUUAGAAAUAUUGUAGGCGUUUUCCUAUCCAUGGAUGCAUUAUAUAUCUCCAAGAAACUAAAAGUUUGUUUGGUGAGGAAGAUAUUUGUUUUAUAUUAUGAAAAUGUGAUCAUACAUACAAUUUUUAUUAAUAAUUCAACAGAUUUUAUUCCGUGCAGUGUGGAGAAAAGAAUUUAAGAUUAUUAAAUGUGCCUCGGAAAUGGCUUAUUCACAACAUUUGCUCUCAGCUAAUCACCUGGUACAUGUGUCACCACGAGGAUUGUGGGAUGUGUGUUCCUUGUGUGGGGUGGUGAUGUUACCCUGGGGUUUGUGUCCAUCAGGAUGUGGCUACACAGUUAUUGGUUUGGGGAAUUAGCAAUGGUAGAAUAAGCAACACCCUGAUGAAACCCCUUUUAUAUAAACCCCGUGGUGAACUGUUAUUUCCUUUGAAACAAUAUGGAGACAGUCUCUUCUUCUUAGAUAUUUAUUUUAUUCACUGGAAUCAAUAUUUCACUAAGGUUCAAUCAAUACAGAAGUUCUUUAUAACUUGUCCACUCUGGUGCUGGCCCCUACUUCAAAGUUGGUCAAAGUCCACGGGUCCUUGUAAAAGGCAAGCACCCUGACACUCACUUGGGUCCUGAUCUAGCUCUCCUUCUGCACUCCUCUCUCUAGAAAGUGCAGAAGGAGAGAGCUAGAUAUAUUCCCUCGUUAGUUUACGACUAUCUGUGUUCCAGACCAAUGUCAGGUUUAUGUGGAGAAAUUGAAAGUAUUUCCCUAUUUCAUGUCCCAGAUAUCAACUGUCUUUUUAUGAGGAAAAUUCUGAUUAAUAUUAAUUACCUCUUUUGUGCCAAAUUUGUUUUGUGUUUUUUCUUUUGUUUGUUUGUUUGUUUUGUUUAUAGUUGUGAUGUACUUGUAUGGAGAACUGUGUGUACCAUUUUGUCAGUAAUCAAUUAUUAUUUAUAAAACUUAACAUCUCUCUUAGUAAUUUACAUCCUAAGGCAUGGCCUGCUGUAGUUAUUCUACUCUCUGCUAGGCUUUGUGAAUAAUUUUGAGUUUUGUACAAUACGGUAAAUAACAGCAACGGUAAACAUAUAUUUCAGAAUUUAUUUCUUGACUUGACCAAGGGCAGGCUUAUAGGAUAAUGGACGAGUAUUGAAACACAUGAACUUGGCUGAGGGUGGACGUAUUGUUGGACAAUGAACAGGCAUUUGUAUGAAAAUUCAUUUCAACAUAUAUGUGGGCUUAUUACCAGACACUGACUUAUUGCCGGACACCGACCUAUUGGAUAAUUUAGUAUUCAGCAAAUAUUUCAACUCAUGUGAGGAAAGGUAUUGUUUGGCUUUGGAAUAUAAAGUAAAUGAAUUAAGAAUAAAACAACUACUUCUACCUGUUGUAAGGAAGGAGAUUAUCUAGUUGUUGUAAGAUUUGUGGUGUAUGGUGAUCCCGUUCCUUUUUAUAUCUUUAUCAAAACACUGCAUAUCGACGCAAAAUUAAAGAAUAAAGAUGAAAAUCUUGAAUAAC